AUGGCAGGAUUUGGAGGAAUACAGGGACCACUACCAGUGUUUGAUGGGAAGCAGUUUGAUGACUGGCGCAUCAAAAUGCAAGCCAUUUUUGGUUUCCAAGAUGUUUCAGAGGUUAUAGAAGACGGUUUUCCUGAGUUGAGUGACAGGGCUACUGAAGAAGAGAAAAAGAAUUACAAGUGGCAAGUGAAACUGGACAGCAAGAUCUCCAAGGCUGCUACUGCUAAGGAGGUAUGGGACAUCCUAGUGAAGACCUAUGGUGAUGGAGACAGAAACACAAAGGUGAAAUUGCAGGCGCUGAGAAGACACUUUGAAAUUCUAGUCAUGGAUGAGAGUGAAACCGUGGCUGAGUACUUUGAUAAGGUACAAGAAUUGGUGAAUAAAAUGAGGGUUUGUAAAGAUGGGAUAUCUGACGAGUACAUUGGUGACAAGAUCCUGAGAACUUUAUCAUCCAGAUUUGAUAAUGUUGUGGUUGCAAUUGAGGAGACUCGAAGGAAGGAAACCAUGGAGAUUGAGGAACUGUUGAACUCAUUAGAGGCUCAUGAAUUUCGCAUCAAUGAACGCAGACAGUGCCAAGAGCAGGCCCUGCAGAAACUUGGCCAUUAUGCCAAGGAUUGCUGGAGUGGUGAAGGUGCUAAGAACAAACCAAAGAAGAGGGCUACUUUGGCCCAAGAGGAGCAAUCUGAUUCAGAACCAGUGAUGUUGAUGGCUAAAACUGAAGAAGAUUCAUCAGAAAAUGAUGUGUGGUACCUAGAUUCUAGGUGCUCUACCCACAUGACAGGGAGAAAAGACUGGUUUAUGGGAAUUCAAGGUGUUGCACAGGAAAAGAUUCGGUUUGCUGAUAAUAGGAGUUUGGUUGCAGAAGGUACAGGCAGAGUUGUUCUAAGAGAUGCAGGAGGAAAAGAAUUAACAAUUGAAGAGGUAUUGUAUGUACCAGGUUUGAAAUCAAAUCUGCUAAGCUUGGGACAGCUACUGCAGAAGGGAUAUGUGAUGAAAAUGGAGAAUAACAGCCUCAGUAUUUUCGAUCAACAGAAAAGAAUGGUUGUGCAGGCUCACCUGUCACAUAAUCGAACUUUCAGAGUAGUGAUGAGUGUAGUAAAACACCAGUGUUUCACUACAUCAGAGAUCAAGGAGGAAUGGUUGUGGCACUUACGGUUUGGGCACUUAAACUUCAAAGAUUUGUCUUUGUUAGGACAGGGAAAGAUGGUGAAUGGGUUGUCUAAUGUUGAAAUUCCAGACACAAUUUGCAGGAAGUGUGUGCAAUGCAAGCAAACAAGGGGCAGUUUUCAGAAAAACCUACCCCAAAGAUCUGUAGAAAAACUAGGAGUUGUCUAUUAUGAUGUUUGUGGGCCUAUGUAG